UCGUGGAUGUGGGGCUCAGAGAUGGGAUCCAAUGAGUUCGGGCUCUGUGUCGGCAACGAAGCCGUUUGGACACAACUCAAUGGACCCAAUGAUGAGGAGGAAAGACUCCUCGGCAUGGAUUUGGUGCGAUUGGCCCUCGAAAGGACACAAACGGCACGACAGGCUCUCCAUCUGAUCACUACUUUGCUGGAGAAGUACGGACAGGGAGGCACGUGUUCGGACACCUCCUCCUUUACGUAUCACAACGGCUUCCUUAUAGCCGAUCCCAAUGAGGCCUAUGUUCUGGAGACGGCUGACCGCCAAUGGGCUGCUGAGAGGGUUGAGUCCGGAUACAGAAAUAUAUCCAAUUGUCUGAGCAUUGGAACCAAAAUUGAUUUGAUGAGCAAAGAUCUGAAGCAAGUGGCCAUUGAUAAGGGCCUCUGGGAUGGGGUCGAAGAAUUCAAUUUUGCUAAAGUUUAUGGCACUGGAAGUGCUGAUAACCAAAGAUUUAUUGCCGGAAAAGAAUUACUUUUAAAU